UCUUAUUUAUAACAUUUCGUAAAAUGAAGUACACAGGAGUGUUUGUACUUACUUUAUUUACAGCGGUUCUUUGUAAUGAACAAAAAAGUAAAACUCAAGAAAAAGGCGACAUUGGUUUGGAUACAGUACAUAAUAUUAAAAUAGACAAGAAUACGGUUAUUUCCCGAAAUCUGAAACUGGAAAGGAAGGAUAGACGAAAUGCUAAAACAAAGCAAGAAGAAAAAGAACUACACUGGUCGUAUAGUGGUUUCCCUAACGAAGUGUCUCCCCAUGUUGAACAAUUCAGAAGGAAUAUGACGGAAUGUUUGAAAGAAGUCGAAGCUAAAGAGAAGAAAACAGUAAGAAGAUUAUCACCAAAGAAAGACUCUCCCAUACACGGAGAAUGUCUUAUCGCUUGCGUUUUGAAACGUAAUGGAGUUAUUAACAAAGGAAAAAUUGUUAAAGCCAACCUCAUAUUACUGGUGAGUAAAUUUUUCGCUCGGGACACGAAAUUAUUGAAAAAACUCGAUAAAAAUGUGGAUAAAUGUAUUGAAGCAAGUUCUAAGAAUAAAGACGAAUGCGCAAUGGCUUCACAAUUGAAUGAUUGUACCAAUGAUUUAAUGGCCAGUAAUAAACAUAAAAUACUUCUUAAUUAUUAAAUAAACAGCU